AUGGAUCCUCCAUUUCACGAGAAAUACAAACCCCUCUUCAACAAUUGUGUUAUACUAUCAAAACACAAGGAUGAUUUUCUAAUGAAUGUUGACGAGGAGUGUGAGCUGCCUCUCAUAGAUCUUCAGCGUUUGACUCUUAACUACUCGGAGAGAGAGCAAUGCGUAAAAGAGAUGAGGCAGGCUGCAAGGGAAUGGGGAUUCUUUCAGGUUGUCAAUCAUUGGGUUCCACAAGAGAUUUUGAAGAGCAUUCAACUCGAGCAAAGGAAGGCUUUCCAUCAUCCAUUCAGCAAAAAGGCUGAAGAGAACAUUUUGAACUUGUCUGCAAAUAGUUACAGAUGGGGGAACCCUAGAGCCACUUGUCUGAGGCAGCUCUCGUGGUCAGAAGCCUUCCACAUACCUCUCACUGAUAGUUCAAGAAUUGGUGAUGCCUACAAAAGUCUCAGAGCAAGCAUUGAAGCUUUUGCAACAACGGCUGCCAAAUUGACUAAAGACAUGGCAGAAAUUCUAGCGGAGGAUGUGGGUGUUUCAUCCACUUUCUUUCAAGAGAAUUGUCUGCCAGGAACUAGUUAUCUUCGAAUGAACAGAUAUCCUCCAUGUCCAUUCUCUUCCAAGGUCUUUGGCUUGAUGCCGCAUACCGAUAGUAGUUUGCUCACUAUAGUAAAUCAAGAUCAGAUUGGAGGAUUGCAACUAUGGAAAAAUGGAAGAUGGAUUAACGUUAAACCUAAUCCAGAAGCUCUAGUGAUUAAUAUUGGUGACUUAUUUCAGGCAUUAAGCAAUGAUGUUUACAAAAGCAUCAAGCACCGGGUACUUGCCCCCCAACAAGAUGAAAGGUUUUCUUUGGCAUUUUUCUAUUGCCCCACUUGUGAUACUGAGAUAGAGAGUUGCAUCAAGCCAUCAAUGUAUAGGAAGUUCACAUUCGGAGAGUUCAUGGAGCAAGUUCGGAAGGAUACCCAAGCUACUGGUAGCAAAGUUGGGGUCUCAAGGUUUCUUAUGUGA